GAGAGAGGGGAGAGAAGGGCACGUGGAAGGAAAAGUCCUGAGAACAGUCCACAGUCCACACAAGUACCUUCUACUGCUGCUGCUGCUGCUGCUGUUUCUUCUGCUGCUGCAGGAGGAGAAGAAGAUGAUGAUGAAGAUGAUAAUGUCGACCUGUGUCUUCAGCUGGAGUCUGGUGAUCCUCGCGUCGUCGGCAGAAAUGUUCACAUCACUGGUGAACAUGCAGCAGCUGAUCAGUGUGGAGCAGAAACUUGUCCACGACCUGAGCACAUACUUAGACCACGAGCUGGACAGACUGGAGGACAUCAGGCGCUUUCAUGCCAAAGUGUCUGACCUGCACACUGAACUUUACAAAGGUUCAGUCACAGCUAUGUCAAACCCUCUGGUGGCCUUCACCCUCAUCAAGCGGCUGCAGUCAGAGUGGCUGAACGUCGUCUACAGUAACGAAGCCUUGGAGCACUCACAAGCCCUCAGGUCCAGUUACGAGGAGGAAGACGCCGAACUUCCCAAACUGGAGGACCUGCAGGGGGCAGCGCAGGCACUGAUGAGGCUUCAGGACGUCUACGCUCUCCGGGUCGCAAGCCUUGUAAAGGGUCAUUUCCAAACAGUGACUAACGGAAAACCCACAGAUAUCUUCACUCCUGCAGUCUCUGUCCCGCUGUCUGGUGACGAUUGCUUCCUGGUUGGAAAGGUGGCCUAUGAGGAGGAGGACUACUAUCACUCGGUGCAGUGGCUGGAGGAGUCGGUUCAGCUCUUCAGAGGAACAGGAGGCGCGUGGAGUCCAGAGAACCAGGGAACACUAGAGGACGCUCUGGAUCACCUGGCCUUCUCUCACUUUAAAACAGGAAACGUCUCCAAAGCUCUGAGUCUGUCUCAAGAGUUACUGCACUACGAUCCGAUGAACGAAAGAGUGUUGCGUAACGUCGAAAAGUACGAGAAGCUGCUGGUUGCUGCUAAACCGCGACGGAGCAGAGGGUUAAAGAGACCGACGUCCACUCAUUUGAGGACAAGAGACACUUACGAGAGACUCUGCCAGACCCAAGGCUCUCAGCCAAUGCAUUUUGAAAACCCCACACUUUUCUGCGACUACUUCACCAACGACGACCCGGCUCUGCUGCUGCUGCCGGCGAGACGCGAGGUGUUGAGCCUGCAGCCGUACGUGGUUCUGUACCACGACUUCAUCACCGACGCAGAGGCCGAGGACGUCAAGACGCUCGCUCGGCCCGCAUUGAGAAGGUCUGUGGUGGCAGCUGGAGAGAAGCAAGCGACAGUGGCGUAUCGCAUCAGCAAGAGUGCAUGGCUGAAGAAUACAGCUCAUCCCGUCGUCGGGAAGCUGGACCAGCGGAUCGCGAUGCUCACAGGUCUGAAUGUGCAGCAUCCGUACAGCGAGUAUCUCCAAGUGGUCAAUUAUGGGAUCGGCGGCCAUUACGAACCUCACUUUGACCAUGCUACUUCUCCUUCCAGUCCUGUGUACAAUUUGAAGGCUGGGAAUCGAGUGGCGACCUUUAUGAUAUAUCUCAGCUCUGUCGAGGCAGGUGGAUCCACUGCCUUCAUCUACGCCAACUUUAGCGCUCCUGUCGUCGAGAAAGCUGCCAUCUUCUGGUGGAACCUUCACAGAAAUGGUCAGGGUGACUUUGACACGCUGCACGCCGGCUGUCCUGUGCUGAUUGGAGACAAGUGGGUGGCAAACAAAUGGAUCCACGAGCAUGGCCAGGAGUUCCACCGUCGCUGUAGCCUGAACCCUGAAGAGUGAGAGGAGUGGAGCAUCUGUUUUUCGGGUCCCUUGGGGCAAAACGAGCGCAGGAGCCAGCCUCUGAAAUGAGAGGCACACUCACAGGCAGCCAAAAAAAGUGAACACGCAGUCAGGGCGGGGAGGUGAGAAGAGAGGGGGAGGCUGCUGCAUCUGGAGCCUGGAGCUCGCAGCGAACACGCCGAGGGGUGGGGCAGAAGUUGGCAAUCGGCCCCCAGAGGCAAAAUACUGUUCCUGCAGAUGGAAAGAGGCCUCUGCUGCUGCUGCUGCACACUGUGAUGCUUUCAGUUUACUGUGUCAGGUUGUUCUUACCUUCUGCUUUUUUUAAAACUGACAUCUUACGCAGCUGCAGCUGUUUUUUUUCUUUUUUUAAAUUCAUUUGUAAAUCCAGUCACCUCUUGGCUGAAAAACUUCUUUGUCGGGUCAUCUGCGACCACAGGACGGCCGUUCACGCCAGAGUUAUGAGUCAGAGUUGCUGUCAACAUUUGAGGGAUUCCUAGGAUUUUUUUUUAUUUGUCACGUGUACAGAGAGAGACACACGAGGAACACGCCUUGUCUUGUUAUUGUGCAAAACAUAAUCAAAUAUGUCAUAUAAAGAUAUAAAAAAAUCAUGUCUAAUUAAAUUUAUAACACGUACAUUCAAUAACACUGGAGUUAGCCAGUGUUUACCUCACGAAAACAUUAUUGUGAGUGAAUGAUUAAAUAUUAGUUCACUAAAUUACUAGUUACA